GGUAAAAAGCCGCUGAAUCGCGGCACAGAGCUGAGAGACUCUCGCAUGGGGCGCUUGUGCUCUGCUUUUCUAGCCCGCGCGCACAGUAGAAAGUCUGGUGUGAGUCCAGGCAACGAACUUUAACGAUGGAUGAAAUAUUCAACUACAGCGGAGCGCUGAACCGAAGUUCGCCCGGCGAUGAGAGAUUUAGUUUCGAAGACAUCGAUGUCAGCGCGGACGGCAGCCCCAUCCUAAGGAUACUCAUCUCCGUGGUGUACUCUGUAGUCUGCGCGGUGGGUUUGGUGGGGAACCUGCUCGUGUUUUUCCUCAUGAGGCUGCGACAAGGCCGAAAGAGGUCCACCAUCAACGUCUUCAUCAUCAACUUGGCAGUGACCGACUUCCAGUUCGUGCUGACCCUGCCCUUCUGGGCCGUGGACACCGCGCUGGACUUCAGCUGGCCGUUUGGAGACGCCAUGUGCAAAAUCGUCCUCUCCAUCACCGUGAUGAACAUGUACGCCAGCGUCUUUUUUCUCACCGCCAUGAGCGUGACCCGCUACUGGUCGGUCGCCUCGGCUCUGAAGAAAAAAACCUGCCGCAGGUCACGCUGUGUGAAGUGGGUGUGCGCGGUGCUGUGGGUGGCUGCAACGGUGGCCACGGCCCCGACAGCCGUCUUCUCCGCCGUGACCGUCGUCGCUGGGGAAAAACUCUGCCUCCUCAGGUUUCCCGAGGGGCACGACUGGCUCGCCCUCUAUCACAUCCAGAAAAUACUGAUGGCCUUUAUCAUCCCCAUGCUCGUGGUCUGCGUCAACUAUCUGAUGCUCCUGCGCUUCGUGAGGCAGCGGAGCAUGGAGGGCAGCAACCCUAAACGGAGAUCCAGGGUCACCAAAUCUGUCGCCAUAGUGGUUUUGUCUUUCUUCUGCUGCUGGAUGCCAAAUCACGCCAUCACCUUCUGGGGUGUCCUGGUCAAAUUUAACGCAGUCAACUGGGAUAAAACGUAUUACACGGUGCACACGUACGUGUUCCCGGUCACUGUGUGCUUGGCGCACGCGAACAGCUGCUUGAACCCGGUGCUCUACUGCCUGAUGAGGCCCGAGAUCCGGAAGAUGCUCGGCGGUCUGUUCUGGACAGUUUCCACUCCACCCUCGGGCAAGGGCUGCGCGACGCGCGCUUUCACGCCGAGGGAGACCCGGGGAGUCGUGCCUCUCCAGAUUAUGGACAACGGGGAGUACACGCUGUCCAUCGUAGCCCGCAAAGGCUCACCGAGCUCCAAAAUGAUCCCAUACACCUGA